CUCCGGUGUUGAAGGAAGGUAUCGCGAGAUUUGUAGUCUAGUACGUAGAUUCAACGUGGAUGUUCAGAAAGGCAUUAUUCGAUUAUCAGGUUGGCACCGGAGAUGGCAGAGAAUGGUUGUCAUGUUAACCCAGAGGAAGUCUCUUACCACCAGCAUGCACCCAAUAAGGAGCCAAAUGGAGCAGACGGGCCCGGUUCUGCACCUGAUUCAUGUGGCCUGUCCGCGUCUCAAAAGGAAGUCCUCGAGCGCUGUCUGCACGCUCUCACUAAUGCAAAGAAUGACAGCCACAUUUUAGCAGCACUGCUUCUGAUCACAAGGCUGUGCCCAGCGGGCCAGCUGGAUAACGGGACUCUGCAUCGCAUUUUUGAGGCAGUAGGUUUGAAUCUUCCGGCACGCCUUCUGGUGACAGCAUUCAGGGGUGGAGACAGCUCUGGGUUGCCCCCUCAGGAAUUGAUCUCUCUGGGUACUGCCCUGCUUGCCGCCCUCAGUACAGAUGCAAACAUGGCUGCUCAUCCCCAACUCCUGAGCACAGUCCCUUUGAUUCUGAGCAUACUAGAGAACGGACCCAACUGGACAGCUGAGAAGAACUCAAGUUCUCAAAAUACGAAAACCAAUGAUGGAGAUGAAAAUAUCAAUGAUUCUCAGACAAACAAGAUGACAUCGUCGGAUGAAAAAACAUGCCCAGAUCCCUCGAGCAAAGGAGAUGAACCAGGUCAAGCUGGUGGGACUAAACUGGACGAGGCUUUGGCAUAUGACAGCUACCAGGUUGUCAACGCUGUGUGUGCUUUACCACAAGGUCCAGAGCAGCUGUUUUCCCGUGGUGCGGUUCCAUCUCUAUGUAGAGCUGUCCUGAAAAAACAGACUCUCAGCCAAGAAAAAGGACUUCCACUGCUUGGGCACAUCUUGUCCUCCAGUGUUGGACCCCGGGCUUGGACUAAGCACUCCUCUGAUCUUCUCUCACUUUUGGGUACCGUCUCCCAGAACUUCUGCAGGGUCUCAGAUCAAGACAGAUUAGAGAUGUGCUCUCAAAUACCACAGUUCCUUCCUCCACCAGGGGGCGAGUCUGUAAACCAGGAGUUUAAAGAGAUUGUGGGUAAUCUAUGGACUUCCCUGCGACCCUUGGUUCAGGGCAAACUUAGCAAAGAGCAUUUAGGUCUUGUUUUGGUAUUAUCUGCUUGCCUGUUGGAUCUGUACGGCUGGGAGUCUGUGGGACCUCCUAAAUUGUGCUGCCUGCUGGUAAACCGGGCGUGCGUGGAAGUGAGGAUGGGUCUAGAAGAGCUGCCUGGAACAAAAAUGUCCCCUCAGGAGCAGCACACCCUCACUGCCUGCUAUCGUAUCAUGGAGGCUGCUAUGGAGCAAGCCUGCAGCCAAGGGAUGGUCUCAAAUCCUGCCCAGUUACAGACAGCCAUCACUGGGUUGAGUCUUCAGCAGAGCAGGCAGGUCUUGGGGGUUUUGGAAGAGGCUUUCUCGGCUGUUAUUUACUAUCUUAAACAGGUGGAUCAGGCCCACUUUGAUGAUCUGUUUCUGUUCGCCACUUUCCGCUCACUCUGUGCUUGGCUUGCUGAAGAAACAUCAUGCCUGAAAGAGGAUGUCAUCGACCUUCUGCCUUUUCUCAUUGGCUAUUCUAAAAGUCACUUUAAGGGAGGAAGAAUAGGAAAGGGGCUUACUGAUUGGAUGUCCAAAAUGUCCAUCAACAACAAUUCACAAGAUGGGAUGUGGACCAAAGAUGCCGCUUUGCGAUAUCUACUCCCAGCUUUGUGUCAUCUGUCUGCUGAAGAUAAACCAAGACGGAUUCUUCUUUCACUGGAUACUCCAGCCUUGCUAGUAGAUUUUCUGAGCAAGGGCUGGGGGUCUUUGAGAGGUCAAAGUGGGAAAACAAUGACUCGAGAUCCUGGACUGGAAACGGCAUGCUCUGCUUUACUCAAUUUUGCCAUCACUGAGCCAGAACGAGUCAGGAGUGAUCCUUGUUUUCUCGCUCUUGAGACCAUGCUGAGUGAGGCACUGCCUGUUCUUCUUCAUAAGCCACGCCUCCUGGUCCUGGCUACUAACUGUUCCACGUUGGGUCUUAUGAUUGGUAGACUGAAACCAGCUUUAACAGAAUCUGUAGAUCCCAGUCAGCGGCGUUUCUACUCUUCGGUUCUGUCAUUUCUCCUGAGUGCUGUACAGUCAGAAUCGGCCUCUAAUCCGGCACAGAUCAACGCUCUCUGGUUGGAAAACUGGGAGGAGGCUGGAGAGCUCUGGAGGCUCAGUUUGCAGGCUCUGGGUGGUUGUGUUAGGGCCCAGCCCUGGAUAACCAGCCUGAUCAGAGAGGAAAAAUGGCUGCAAAACAUCUUCACCCUGCUAGGAUCCAGUGGAAAACUCCCAGACCAACAUUCUCAGGAUGCCCUAGAGGAGGUUUUGUGCGCCAUUGCCAAGCAAUGCCCUUUGUGUCUCAAAGACAUCAGUAUGUUGGUUAAGAGUCAAAGCUGCGGAUCUCUUCAGUGUAUGCCACAGCUUAGCAAAGUAUUGAUGGAGUAGGCCAGCGUAGCGUGUAUUUAAAAAGACUGAUGAAGCACUUACUGUGUUGUCUGUGUGUCAUUUAACAUGCAAAAAACAUUUGUAAUACAUGCAUUCUGUGGGCAAAGUCUGACUCAGAACAUGAAAUAAAAAUAUUUUUGCUUUUGAACUGA